AUGCUGCUUCUCCUGCUGACAAGUGCUUUUCUCCUUGUCCCGUGGGCCGGGGCUGGUGAGAUCAUUGGCGGACGGGAAGCUAAGCCCCACUCCAGGCCCUACAUGGCUUAUUUAGAAAUUGGAAGUGAGUCCGCUAUAUUUCAAUGCGGAGGGUUCCUCCUUCGCCCAGAUGCAGUGCUCUCAGCAGCUCACUGUAGAGGCUUGAAUAUCACCGUGACCCUGGGAGCCCACAACAUAAAUAAGAGAGAGCCGAGCUGGCAGAAAUUCCAGGUUGGCCACUGGGUCAUCCACCCCAGCUAUUCAGAGGCUACCCUUGAAAAUGACAUCAUGCUGCUGAAGCUGAAGCCGAGGGCCAAGCUGACUAAGGCAGUGAGCUCGAUCCAACUGCCAAGCCACAACGAGCGUGUGAAACCAGGAACUCUAUGCAAAGUGGCUGGCUGGGGCUGGACAUCGACGACACAGGAAAAGACUAGUGUGCUGAUGGAGGUGGACCUGAAGGUGCAGAGAGAGAAAGUGUGUGAGGAGUCUUUCAAAAGAAAACAUCUGCAGCCGUCUGUGAUCUGUGUUGGUGAUGAGGAUGGCAAAAAAUCAACUUUCCGUGGUGAUUCUGGUGGCCCAUUAGUCUGCAAUGGGAAGGCUCAUGGCAUUGUUUCUUAUGGAGGGAAAGAUCGCAUCUUGCCUAAUGUAUUUACCAGAGUGUCCCAUUUUGAGCCCUGGAUACGUAAAGAGCUGAGGAAGUUUGCUCUCCAAGACCUCCCUGACUCUUCCUCCUCUGACUAA